CCCGGGCAUGUGCUCUGACUGGGAAUCGAACCUCGAUCCCCUGGAUCCUAGAUCGAUGCUCAACCGCUGACCCACACCGGCUGGACUGUAUAACAGAUUUUUGUGGGAUUUUUCAUUCAUAAUCCCUCCGACAUUUUUCUACUGCUUUUAGACAGAUGUAUCACACUAACCUCAUAAGCAAGUUGGACUUUCCUAUUAGGACAGUUUUUGGGACCACUCCACUUAAAAAUAACUUUCCUGCUAUCGUAUGUCUUAUUCUCAGGGGCUGCACCCCUGUGAAGGUCGUUGAAUUGCGCUGCCUGCUGCUUGUGCUGGUUUAGAUAUCUUCUCAGGAUUCUAUGGUCUGACUUCAUAAGUUGUAAAGUGUAUAGUAAAUGCUCUCAAUAAAGCUCACAUAUAAACUUUAAAGGGAACUGGCAGAGGAACACAAAUUAUUUUCUUUUGUAAAUAGCCUUUGAACUUGUAAAGUGACUGGGUCUGUUUCAUUGCAGUUGGGUCUCUGUCUUCUGAGGACCAUGACUUCGACCCCACCGCGGAGAUGCUGGUGCAUGACUAUGACGACGAGAGAACCCUCGAGGAGGAGGAGGUGAUGGGUGAGGGCAAACACUUCAGCUCUGAAAUCGAGGACUUGGAAAAGGAGGGAAGCAUGCCUCUGGAGGACCUGCUGGCCUUCUACGGCUAUGAACCUGCGCUUCCAGCCGUGGCGGAUUCCAGUGUAAACAGUUCCCCAAGCGAACUCGCAGAUGAACUGCCAGACAUGACGCUGGACAAGAUCCCUGGGAAGCUUCCCUGGCCUUUCCGAUCUCAGGCAGGGAGAGGAAUCCACAUCUUGGAACCUCUUCCUGAGGAAAUAGCAAAAGACCUGUUGUCAGGUGAUGAUGAGGAGACUCAGUCUUCCGCAGAUGACCUGACGCCAUCAGUGACCUCCCACGAGACUUCUGAUUUCUUCCCAAGGCCUCUACGAUCAAAUACCACUUGUGAUGGAGAUAAAGAAUCAGAGGUUGAAGAUGUUGAGACAGACAGUGGUAACUCACCUGAAGAUUUGAGGAAGGAAAUAAUGAUCGGUUUACAGUACCAGGCAGAGAUCCCCCCUUACCUCGGAGAGUAUGACGACAGUGAGAACGUGUCUAAGAAUGAAGACCAUGAAGACCAGUUGCUUUGGCGUCCCGGUGUGGUUUCCGAGAGCAAAGUUAAGGAGUACCUUGUUGAGACUGCACUGAGAACUGGAAAUGAGAAAAUGGUGGACAGGGUUUCCGCAGGCACGCUCACGAGAGACAACGAACAGGCAUUGUAUGAACUUCUCAAGUGUAACCAUGACACGAAGGAGGCGAUCGAGAGGUAUUGCUGCAACGGAAAGGCAUCUCAAGAGGGAAUGGCCGCGUGGACAGAAGAGGAGUGCCGGAGCUUUGAACACGCGCUCAUGCUGUUUGGAAAGGACUUUUAUCUCAUACAGAAGAACAAGGUGAAGACUAGAACGGUGGCCGAGUGUGUAGCGUUCUACUACAUGUGGAAGAAAUCUGAGCGCUACGAUUACUUUGCUCAGCAGACGAGAUUUGGAAAGAAGCGGUACAACCACCACCCUGGAGUGACGGACUAUAUGGAUCGUUUGGUAGAUGAAACAGAAGCUCUGGGUGGGACAGUCAGUUCUUCCGUCUUAACCUCCAGCCGACCUGAGCCUGUUCCUGAUCCACAGCUGAACAUCCUCAGCUCUUUCACUGCAAGCGACUUGACAGCUUUGACCGGCAGUGUGGCAAGCGGCUGCAGCCCCGCGGACGUGACGUGCUUGGAUGAUGGCUUUCCUCCCCUGGGCAGCACACCCCGUGCACAAGUGAACCACGUGCCAGUGGUGACGGAGGAGCUGCUUGCCCUGCCCAGCAGUGGGGAGAGUGACUGUUUUAACUUAUUCGAGACUGGGUUUUACCAUUCGGAGCUCAACCCCGUGAACCUGUGCAGUGAGGAGUCAGAGAGACCAGCCAAGAGGUUGAAAAUGGGCCUUGCUGUUCCCGAGUCCUUCAUGAGUGAGGUGUCCGUGAAUAACUUGGGUGUGGACUUUGAGAGCCACGCGCAUCACAUUGCCAGCGCCAAAAUGGCUGUGUCUGUGUCUGACUUUGGCAGCCUGGCUGCCGGCGAGGCCAACGGCUUCAUCAGCGCCCACGCUCUGCACCAGCAUGCCGCCCUCCACUCCGAGUGACCUGGGCACACGGGGCCCAUUGCGGCUGCAGUGCCAGUGAACAGGGACACAUCAGGUUUGCUUAGUCUUUCACUGGAAGUUUGAACGUUUCACUAUGACAUCAGUGAUGUCAGUAUGUAUAGAACUAUGUCUUGAUUUAUCAAGAAUAUUCUCAUUUUUCAAUCCAUAAAUGUGGAAAUGAACUAGGGUCAGCAGAGUUGGGAAUGAAGAUCGAACUCUGUGGUGCAGCUUUAAGCUCUGCUCAUCUCUUCCUCACCUCCCAGUACCUCUUCCCCACACCCUUCUUUUUCUAGUCUCUUCUGUUCUCAUGUUCAAAACCUGUAGACAGAGGCCACCAGCUCAAAACCAGCAGAUGUUCGGAACUGAAUGGAGUGGUUUCUCCGUGUAAAUUCCUUUUGCCGUAACGGAUGCAGUGGAAUAACCGUGUUUACAGGUACCGAUCUGAUCCCUGCUAAAUGUAGCAUUUUUUGGUUUUCUAAGUUAAGCAGGGGUAGGUUUCUUUAAACUGCACAAACAUGCAAGGACUUUUUAAAAAUGGAAACUUCUCUCAUGUUAUUCAACCAGAGCACUUCUGUUUACAAACAGCAAGUCCAUCUUGUGGAGGCCGCACGAGGAGCUGUGCAGACGACGAGGGGAUCCUGCUUCCCAAUUCUCACUCACCAGGGCACUUUCCACAGAAUCGGUCCUUUUACUGUUGGGAGAUUUUUAUGAAACUUCAUUUGUUGGCUACAGAUUGGGCGUUUGAAGAUGUGGUAUCCAGAUGGAGUUUGUCCACCACUGUCAAGAUCGUGAUUGUAAAGCCAUACCGGUCAUUGGUGGUUUUGUUUAUUGCCAGGCAGUGGACCAGCACAGCCCAGUCUGCAGAGCCCGGGGUGGGCAUUGCCACUCAUGGCUUACACUUGGGACGCCUCUGGUGGUGUUUGUAGCACAGGUCAAAGUGUUAAUGUCAAGGAGGGACUUCAAUAUUUUACAACGGUGCAGGAGAGCCUUGAAGUGUGUUUACACGUUUUGUUUAGCUUGAACAGAUGGCGAGGAAAAUGUGAGUUACUAUCUGAAGUAGAAUGGUACGCUACCACUUGAAGUGUAUACAGUGUAGACGCUCAGGUGUGUCUCAAGCUCAAUUUUAUUUCUGUGGCUGACAUCGUGGAUGAGAAGCUGUUGUCACAAACCUUGGCCACUGUGCUCCGUAGACAGCAUCUGAGUUACAAGGUGAAUUCAAACAACACGUAACAGUAUUAGGAUGUACUAUGCUUUGCUUUUAUAUUUCAGUUAAGACAGAGUUUUACUUUUUUAUUUGCACCGCUUUAAUUAGAACGUUCAGUUUCUGUGAGUUGUCUUGCUUCGCAGACAGCUGAAACGUGUGGCUGCGUUGCUGAACCUUGUGAGUGUGCAUCACCUCAAGGCAGUGCUGAUGCGUAGGUAGAUCGUAGUGACCUUAGCCAAGGUGGAGGGGCGGGUAUUUAUUAUACAGACUGUGAACUGCAAUGACAUCCUUGCUUUGGAUGAAGUGUAUUCUUGUUUUUCUUUGCAGCAUUUUAAUGAAGAUUGCUUUGAAGUGUUUACACAGUGUAGCGCAUUUACCAUAAAGUUUAGUUUAGCACAGUGGACAGAGUAGGUAAGUUAAUAACUUAAAUCUGUCUCUAACUUAUGCACCUGAAGCCUGGCAUCCUGUGUGCACACAGUGGCUGAUGUGGAGCCUGGGCGAGUGCUGCGUCAGGUGUUUUACCUGAGGCGUGAGCUGCUGAUCGCUGUGGUGUUGUGCUCAACUGUGGACCUGAGUUCCGUAAGAAUCAGUACAACUCCUGUGAUUUAGUAAGAUACCGGCCAUAAUCUUCCAUUGUCCUAACUUUAAUUUCCACUCUGGGCUUCCAGUGGCUGGUCCGUGUGAAGUGAUUUGCAGAGGCGACAGCCCCGCCAGGAGCACUUAGUGAACACGCCCGCUCCCUAGGGAAGCAGUGAUAGGUCAGUGCAUCUGUGCAUUGCUGGGGUCUUGAUGCAAGAUGGAAACAGUGUUUCUUAUCUAAAGUUCUGAUUAUCAGCAAGUGGAAUGGACACUUUAGUUAUUUGAAUAAAGUUUUUGACCAAAAUUCAGAAAAUGAUAUGAGAGAAAAUAAAUUCCAGCUAGUUUCAUAGAUGUUUAAACGCCAGCCAGGUUCAGCCUCAGAGAGCGCUGAUGGGCUGGCAGCGUUUACUUCUAAUUCCUUGUUAAAAUGAGGCAAUAAUUUGCAAGAUUUUUGUAUAUAUAUGUAAAUUUUUCCUACUUUUUAGAUCUGAUUCAGUAUUUUCUGUCUGCCGUGUAGAAUACCAUUUUGUGCAUGCGUGAUGUGACACAUAAACUGUACCCUAUGACUCUCCAUGUAAAAUAGCUAUUUAUUGAAUUUUCUUUUAAAAGCUGGAUUGACUGUUUUCCCCCUCUCCAUUUAAGCUUAUUAACACAGAAUUUGUUACUGUUUGUUAGGAGAAUUGUGCUUGAGAGCACGAGGAUAGCUGAUCUGCAGUCGAAGAGACAGUAAUGCCUUUACUACCACGCAUUAAGCACAAUUCUUAUAACAGACUGUGAUAAAUUCUCUUUGUUUUUUUCCUUUGCUGCAUUAUUUUUGUAUGAACAAACCAAAAAUCCAUGGUGAACAGUUGCAGUGUUGGCUGGUGUGUCUGUAUGUACAGAGAGUUGGAGAGGACAGCGGGGUGGGGUGUGACUGGUGCUGUGACCAUAGCAAUAUUUACUUGUUAGCCACGGUCCGUCUUCUCACGCUGGCUUCUUAAACGUCCGGAUUUCCUCUUGUCAUGCUCAGCUGCUGAAUUUACUUGAAGGAUGUGGAAUACUGUUUAAACAGUACUAAAGUGUGUACAAUUAGGUCAAAGCAUCGUGCAAUUGUUUUCCGUUUCAUUUGUACAAUUGAGGGUCCUAAGUGUUUGAGGACAUCAGCUCUAACAGAGCAUAGUGACUUUAUUGAAUUUAACCAAAGUCUCUAGUGCAUCUUUCAACUCUGAAUGUAAACUAAGGAAGAAACCUGACCACCAAGGAGACUGUUGCCCAGAGUUUCAAAGCACAUUGUCUACAAAUGGAAAAUGAAAUAAUUUAUAAGAAUAUUGACAUUACUAUGUUUUUUAAAAAGUUCUUAAUUUUUCACGAAAAGGAGGAAACUAUUAGUUUUAUUGUUAAAUGUGGUAGAUAUUAAAAUUCCUCUUAGAAAACCAGUGAUUCUAAUGGUCCCAGUUUGAAACAAGUACCCUGUAUGAGAUGAAUUAGUGACAAUCAGAACAAGUUUUAGUACCAGAUGUUCAAGAGGAAGUUGCUGUUGUUGCAUUGAUUUUAA